AUGACAGGUAACAUAAACAUUACACUGGACAGAGACAAAGAGCUUGUAGAUCCAUUAUCCGAGCCUGGACGAUUCUUUCGGCGGAAAAAGCGAACAGCGGCUUCUCAAAACUUAAUACAUAAACUAAAUCUGGCAGAAAAUCAUGAUUUAAAAGGAGAGGUUUUCCAGAGGAGCUCCCUGCAGCCAUGGCAACCAGGAUAUUGCCCUCAUCAUUAUCAAGCUAACGAAGUGUUGGUCCAUACCUUCAUAGAAGAGUUGGAACCCAAUACCAAAAUUCUUCUUGAUUCAGCUGCAGGUGGGCAAGCCUUGGAGAAAACAUAUGAUGAGUUAUACAUAUUGUUACAUCACAUAUCCCAAGGAAAUCCGGAGUGGAACGGAGGAAAUGCUAGAUCUGUCACCCAAAAACAAGUAGGCAUGUUAGAGGUUGAUGCAGUAACUGCAUUGACAGCACAAAUUGCAGCAAUGCAAAAUAUGAUGACAACACAUUUCAACAUGCUAGUAAAAGAACAGCAGCAGGCUUCAGUGAGCAUGGUUCAACAACAACAUAUGUGGUGCGAAGUGCAAAUUAAUUUGCCUUUGAUUGAUCUUUUACAGGGAAUCCCAAAGUAUGCUAAAUUCGUCAAGGAUAUUGUGGCCAAUAAAAGCAAGUUAGCUGAAUUUGCAACUGUGGCACUUACUGAAGACUGUAGUUCAAGAAUCUUGAACAAAAGCAAGCUUCCAGUCAAACUAAAAGAUCUAGGUAGUUUCACGGUGCAGGUAACCAUCGGUAAAUAUAGUAAUGCAAGAGCUAGACCUGAUGGUAUCAUUGAAGAUGUUUUAGUACAAGUAGGAUCUCUCAUCUUUCCUGUUGAUUUUGUCAUUUUAGAUUUUGAGUCGGACCCCGAUGUUCCUUUUAUCUUAGGACGCCUAUUCUUAGCAACAGGCGGGGCACUAAUUGAUAUGGCUGCAGGUAGAUUGACUAUGAGAGCACAUGAUAAAGUGGAAGUGUUCGAUGUAUAUCAUGCACUGAAAUUGCCUGCAAUUUAUGAGGAGUUGUCUGAUGUAACCAUCAUUGAUAAGGAAAUAUCAGCUCAAUGUACUACCUCAAAUGAUCCAUUGGCGAAAGUCGUAACAAGUCAAGAUAUUAAAGAGGACAUGGAAGCUAAAGAGCUAGCAAGUGUGCUUGAUAUGCCAAAUAUUAGCAUGUGGAAGAGGAACGUCAUAGCAGCACUGGAGGUACUGAAGAGGCAUAAAAAGGCCAUUGGGUGGCAAAUUGUUGAUCUUCAUGGCAUCAGCCUAGCUUUAUGCAUGUACAGAAUUUUCAUUGAAGAAGGACAUAAGGCUAGUGCACAACCACAACGCCAGUUGAACCCCAUCAUGAAAGAGGUUGUGAAAAAAGGGAUAAUUAAGUGGCUAGAUGUAGGCAUAAUAUACCCAAUUUCUGACAGUAAGUGGAGGUGUAUGAUUGCAAUAUUUCAUGAUAUGGUGGAAGAGUUUGUAGAGGUUUUCAUGGAUGACUUUUCAGUUUUCGGAGAGUCUUUUGAUCUUUGCUUGAAAAAUCUAGAGAAAGUACUUGCAAGGUGUGAAGAAACAAACCUUGUCUUAAACUGGGAGUUACCUUUUGUGCUGAUGUGUGACACAAGCGACACAGCAGCCAAUUACACGGUCACAGAGAAGGAAAUGCUGGCAUUGGUCUAUGCAUUUGAUAAAUUCCACUCUUACUUGGUAGGCACAAAAGUGAUUGUUUUUACUGACCAUGCAGCUCUUAGGUACCUAUUCAACAAGAAGGAUGCCAAGUCAAGGCUCAUCAGAUGGAUUCUGUUGUUAGAAGAAUUCGAUAUUGAAAUCAAAGAUAGGAGGGGAUGCGAAAAUCAAAUAGAAAACCAUCUAUUAAGAUUAGAGGGUUCGCCCCAUGUGUCUGAGCAAGAGACAAUAAAGAAGGAAUUUCCGGAUGAGAAAAUGAUGGAAAUAGAGGUACAAGAUCUUCCAUGGUAUGCAGAUAUUGUGAACUACCUUGUUAGUGGAGUGAUCCCUCCUGAUGCUACCUCACAACAAAAGAAGAAGCUUAUACAUGAUGCUCGCCUCUACAUAUGGGACGAGCCUUAUUUAUUCAAGUGA